AUGAUGGCCAUGAACGCCAAGCAGCCUUUCGGCAUGCACCCGGUGCUUCAAGAACCCAAAUUCUCCAGCCUGCACUCCGGCUCCGAGGCCAUGCGCCGAGUCUGUCUCCCAGCCCCGCAGCUGCAGGGUAAUAUAUUUGGAAGCUUUGAUGAGAGCCUGCUGGCACGCGCCGAAGCUCUGGCGGCGGUGGAUAUCGUCUCCCACGGCAAGAACCAUCCGUUCAAGCCCGACGCCACCUACCAUACCAUGAGCAGCGUGCCCUGCACGUCCACUUCGUCCACCGUGCCCAUCUCCCACCCGGCCGCGCUCACCUCGCACCCGCACCACGCCGUGCACCAGGGCCUCGAGGGCGACCUACUAGAGCACAUCUCGCCCACGCUGAGCGUGAGCGGCUUGGGCGCCCCCGAGCACUCGGUGAUGCCGGCCCAGAUCCACCCGCACCACCUGGGCGCCAUGGGCCACCUGCAUCAGGCCAUGGGCAUGAGCCACCCACAUGCCGUGGCGCCUCAUAGCGCUAUGCCUGCCUGCCUCAGCGACGUGGAGUCGGACCCGCGAGAGCUCGAGGCCUUCGCUGAGCGCUUCAAGCAGCGGCGCAUCAAGUUAGGGGUGACCCAGGCGGACGUGGGUGCGGCCCUGGCCAACCUCAAGAUCCCCGGCGUCGGCUCGCUCAGCCAGAGCACCAUCUGCAGGUUCGAGUCUCUCACUCUCUCGCACAACAACAUGAUUGCGCUCAAGCCGGUACUCCAGGCCUGGCUGGAGGAAGCCGAGGCCGCCUACCGAGAGAAAAACAGCAAGCCGGAGCUCUUCAAUGGCAGCGAGCGGAAGCGCAAACGCACGUCCAUCGCGGCGCCAGAGAAGCGCUCCCUGGAGGCCUACUUUGCGAUCCAGCCGCGGCCCUCAUCCGAAAAGAUCGCGGCCAUCGCCGAGAAACUGGACCUUAAAAAGAACGUGGUGAGGGUCUGGUUCUGCAACCAGAGACAGAAACAGAAACGAAUGAAGUACUCGGCUGUCCACUGA